UGGCCCGCGCCUACGCCCGCACCAUGCGCGCUGCGCCGCUCCCGCUGCCGCUCCAGCUGCCACUGCCGCUGCCGCUGCUGCUGCUGCUCGCGCUCCUGGCCGCGCCCGGCGCCCGGGCCAGCAGAGCCGAGUCCGCCGCGCCGCCGCAGCCCGGCCCGGGGCCCGGGAACGCCACCUGGACGGCGGGCGGCGGCGGCAGUAGCUCCAACAGCAGCGGUGACACCCUGGUGACCCGCAUCUCCAGCCUACUCCGCGACCUGCCCACCCUGAAGGCGGCUGUGAUCGUGGCGUGCGCCUUCACCGCGCUGCUCAUCGCCUGCCUGCUGUUGCGCGUCUUCAGGUCGGGAAGGAGGCUGAAGAAGACCCGCAAGUAUGACAUUAUCACCACUCCAGCCGAGCGGGUGGAGAUGGCGCCGCUGAACGAAGAGGAUGACGAGGAUGAGGACUCCACAGUAUUCGACAUCAAAUACAGGUAAAACCUGUUUUCCAGUGUGUCGGCAUCCUGUGGAAGGUUGGUCACCUGAAGUCUGGGAUGUGAAGGAUCUGAAGCUGUCUCAUCUGAGGUGUUGAAACCAAAACACACAUUAUUUAUGACACUCUGGCACAGUUGUGUGUGUCGAACGUCCGCUCAGCAUGCCACCGCAGGAGUCACCUCUGCCAUGCUCUGGAUGCCCCUUUAGAAUGUCACCCUUUCUCCCUCCUGAAGAGGGCUUUGCCCUGCUCAGGGGCAAAGGGUAGAAACGUUGAUUUUAAAAAUAAUUUUAAAGCAACUAUUGACAAAAGUAAAAGAGAUCAGAAGUUACCAAGAACCUAAACAAAGCCUGAAGGAUAUUCAGCUGUAUAUUUAGGAUUUCUCCUGGAUCUAUGACCUUCUAGAUGUCUGACCCUUGGGUGGUCUUUGGGGCUUGGGCAAGUUCCGGCCUUGGGUUGGUGAUGACCGUGUGGAAGCUCAAAGUCACAGUGCUCAGAGCUGUGCAGCCCUGGCAGAAGUACACACCUGUCUGUGGCUCCUUCUCUUUCUUUUCUUUUUUUUUUUUAAGGGUUCAGCAAAAUCAGGCAUGGCUAGUUCACAAAGAAUUCUGAAUAUCAGGGAAAAACCUACACCUGUGUGCGUGUGUGUGCAUGUGUGUGUGCAUAGAUGAGUGUGUGCAUAUACAUUUGAAAUAAUUCCUUCUUCUCUGAAGGGAAAAGGCAGCACGAGGCAGCCUUUGGUUAGUAACAGCCUUGUGUGUUUCUCUGCCCUGUCACGGUUCUAUGUUGAUGGUCUUAGAAAUGUAAUUUGAAACAAUCACUGUGGUGAUUUAAGCAGAUGGCGGUUUGGUUGACUGGAAGAGUACAGUCAGGGACUAUAUUUGAUGUUGGUCUGGGCCAGACUGGACUAGAAACCCACCUGGACCAGCAGGUUACUGCAGGGGGCCCCUCCCGCAGGGGUCAGUGUGGGGGGGUCCCGGGGGGUGGCUGAUCCCAGAGCUCCUGUGCCAGGACGUCUGCUGGCUCCUGGGGGCAGGGCCUUGGGCUGACUUCUCAGGCUGAUCGAGGUCUCCCGUUUCUCUCUUUCCCUGGGGUUGAGGUUAUUUGCUGCAACUAGGAUGCUUCUGCUAAAGUCUGCUAGCAGUGCCUUUGGGGUCCUGGGACUCUGUUCUCUCUGGAAAGGUGUUUUUUUUUAAUCUACUCUUUUGUUUUCUAGCAUUCUGCAGGGUUUGUGUACUUGCCUGUUUACUGUCUGCUCUGUUGCUUUGGAUGAAAACUCCAGCCUUUCCCGACUCCCCCUGGUUUCAGAUUCUUCAGUUUUCUGAGAAGGGGCUGCCGGUGCUGCAGGGUCCUCUGGCUCCCCAGGCCCCUGGGCACGGGGUUCUGCAGCCCUGGCCUGUUAGGAAGGCACGCUGGCCUGUGCCGGAAGGAGACGGCCGCUUGGGAAGGCCACUCUGAGAAGAGCGCGGUAUGGACGCACACGUUGCCCUUGGCUCCCUUGAUUGCACUGGUUUUGUUGACUUUCCUUCUCCAUUUCUCUGCCCUAUUUGUUGGAAGGGUGGGCCUGCCUUAUCUCUCCCCUCCACAGUGUACUCAUGGGCCCCAGCGGUGACUAAACGCGACUGGCCACCGAGCAGCUGGGCGCCCUCUGAACCCUCCAACUGGAACUGACGACUGCAGCUGAACCAUCUACGGAAAAGCUGGAAUUUUCUGCCUUAUGCAUAAACGCCAGACUCCAGGGCAGCGGCUGCCAGGGGCUCACCACUGGGCCUGGCAGAAGCAGCUGCCCAGAAUGACCUUCCAAAUUCUGGAGCUUCAGCCCUGCAGGCUCUUAAAUAAAAACCCUUUCGGCGUGAA